UAUAUUCGACCCGGAAGAUCAUUUCUCCAGCUAUUAACCACGACGAUGUGAACUAUUAGAACGAUUUUCUCUUUCACGUGACUUCUUCAACCUUGAUUAUUUCUGUGAUUCUUUGGAAGCCAAUUGAAGGACCGUUCAGUAACAAAAUUAAGAUGUCCUGGUUGUUUCACUUGCUUGAAAGCCUCCUUAUUUACGAGAGCAUAGUUUUUCUGGUGUUUCCAGUGUCUGUAUUAAAUUCAGAGGUAUCAUUCCUUCAAGCUGUUGUGGACUCUCAGGUCCAGCUACCCUGCAAUAUCAGCCUUCCUUCUGAGGACGACUCUGUAUCGUUGGUGUUGUGGUACAAAUCAGGAAUAAGUGCUCCAAUUUUCAGUGUAGACUCUAGAAAAGGGCCACUGCAAAAAUCCAAACACUUCACCAGUGAUUUCCUGGGACAGCGUGGUUACUUGGACUUUAGUUUGGACGCUGACUUAGCCUUUCUAACCAUCAAAACUGUGGAAAAGGAGGAUGAAGGAGACUACAAUUGUAGGGUUGACUUUCGAUGGGGACGAACUCUCAAAAGCGCUGUAAAAGUAGAAGUUAUCAUUCCUCCUAGGAGCGUCACAAUCACUAAUGAGAAAAACGAGCUUCUGUAUGGAAGGAUAGGUCCUUAUGACGAAGGUUCUUCCCUCAUUCUUCGCUGUGUUGCAAAAGGAGCAAAACCAUCUCCAACAGUGACGUGGUGGAGAAAUUCUAUUCAAAUUGAUGAUAGUUUCCAGGAAACGCAAGAUCACACAGUUCGAAAUGAUUAUAUUGUACAAGAACUUUCGCAAGAGGAUUUGAUGACAGAAAUCACGUGUCAGGCUUCCAACACUAACCUUACCUCACCGAAGAUCGCUUCUGUGUUCAUCGAUAUGAAUUUGAAACCAGUGAAUGUACGUCUCAUUUCAACCCGCCGCCAUUUUUCUGCUGGUCGUCAAUUCGGAGUCGAGUGUCAAACAACGGGGUCACGUCCUCCUGCACAUAUCACCUGGUGGUUAGGAACUCGGAAGAUGGAAGGUGCUAUGGACACGGUGAGGGAUGGUGGAAAUCGAACCGUCAGCAACCUCGUCUUUACGCCCUCUAGCGACGACAAUGGAAAAUAUUUGUCCUGUCGGGCGGAAAACCCCAAGAUGCCAGGAAUUUCAAAAACUGACGGAUUGACCUUAAAUGUAUAUUAUCCACCUAUGAUGUUCGUAUUCCUGGCUCCUAAUCAAGUGCCUGACAAAUUGUACGAAGGAGAGAAUAUUUACUUAGAGUGUAAGUUCCAGUCAAACCCAAAGAUCACAAAGAUGGAGUGGCAGUUCAAAGGAAGUACGUUACUAACCAAUACUCGAGCUGGAGUUUUUGUUCACAACCAAUCACUUGUCUUGGAAAAUGUAAAAAGAGAACAAAGCGGUAUCUACCGGUGUCUAGCCGAUAACAUAGAAGGUAGAGGAGAAAGUGAGGGGCUGGAGCUUAAAAUCAAGUACGCCCCUGUUUGUAAAGAAGGUCAGAAGAUAGCCUAUGCUGUCACUUUAGAUGAACUCGUUGAAAUAUCUUGCGAAGUUGAGGCUGACCCUGAUGACGUCACUUUUACUUGGACUGUCAAUAAUACUGUGGAAAAUCGGGAAGUCUUGUCCUACGAGAGUGCUGGGUUGAAGAGUGUGGCCCGAUACAUACCACGAGAUGAGAACGAUUUUGGCUUCCUGACGUGCAAGGCACAGAAUGUGGUCGGGGUUCAGAAAGAAGCUUGUAUUUUUACCUUAUUAUCUGUUCGAGCACCAGAACAAGUUCACAAUUGCACUAUUUCUAACUACAGUAGUGAUACUUUGAAUGUGGAGUGUCGACCUGGAGAAGACGGUGGUCUGGAACAGCGAUUUUACCUGGAGGCCUAUCUGGUUGAGAACAAGGAACUUCAAGCUAAUGUUAGCAGAAUCACUGAACCAGUUUUUAAGCUUUCUGGACUCGCACCUGGAAAAUCCUUUGUUUUACUCGUUUAUUCUUUUAAUGCUAAGGGUAAGAGUCCUGCCGUUACCAUAACUGCCCAAACCCAGAUCUCUGCUAGAUGGCAUUUAGACUACCCAACCACUCUGAAGCCUCAUCUAGGAAUAUUGGUGGGAGUUGUGACAGCUUUAGUUCUUCUUGCUAUCAUUAUUGUAUUAUUGAUUCGGAUGAAAGGAGAGAGAGAAGAAAGCGAGAAAGGUGAUGUUUCAGAAGCCACCGUAGAAGACAAGUACAGUGCGGUUUCCGAGGACUUGGGUACAAAUAAGAACAUGGACUCAUCCAGUGACCCUGAUCUGAUUCCAUUGCGGAACUUCCCGACGAAUGCAGAAGAAACAGAUGUUCUCAGGAUGAAAGAACAAUCAACAAGCAAGAAUCCUUUUGGUAAUGCAAACAGACAGUUGUAUUACGAGAAACAGACAAACUACGAAGAAUGCAGCGAUACACCUUCACCCGAGAGGCAUUCUUUAAAGACUUAUAAUGAGGACAGUGGUGGGUUUUCUGAGGAAGAGCUGCUGUGCCAACCAGCUUUCGAUCAACCAGCAACCAGAUUCCGGUCUGACGGUGUCCAUCCUUUACAACGACACCUUCUUUCACCACGAUCUGGGCCUUGGAGUGACGAUGAUGAUGGAGAUCAGGCGGAGUUUCCACAAGUUCAGAGGCGCCAAGAACGAAUACAAACUCCUAGGUAUCAACAUGACAAUGGACCAUUCUACGAAGAUCAAGGUCGCGUUAGUGCAACGUUGCCAGUUCGCACCACGAAGGGCACUCCAAAAUUCCAACACAAGAAACCUCCGAGAAAUCCUAAACCUAAUUAUGACGCUGACAUAAACAGACCAGGUGUUCCUAUUCCCAAUCAGAGAAGCAGUCUUAAGUAUUCCAAACCUGAAAUGCAGGGCAAAUCAUGUGUUCGUAGCAACUACAGGAUGUCUACGCCAGUAUGACGACAGAACAUGAUGAAUCGGAGCUUCCACUUCUGGAAAUACAUUUGGAAGUAGGAGGAGGAACUACAGACUGGGGGGCACUCGAAAUUGAUAUAUACAUGUUUAUGAUUGAAUAAAGCACGUGUAGGCCGAUAUCGAUAACACCGGUGGGAUUAUGAAGAUGAGUUUGCGAUACGUUAAAAAAAAGGAUUAACAAUUGCUCUUAAUCCCGAUGAUCAGAUUAAGAGGCUAAAAAAGUAGUACUUUGCAGCAAACCCCUUCACCCGAUACAUUGGAAGAGGACAGAAUAUUACAGAGUGCCAUAGUGAAAUGAAAAUGUAAAAAAAACAUCGUCAUUUUUGUGCCUUUUUGUUUUGAGGUGAUAGAUGAGACGUGGAGAACAUGGGAAUGACAAUACACCAAUAAAGUCAGGAAACUUCCACGACUGCUGUAAGCAACAGUGUUGGACAAUUGUUAUAUUGGACAUCGAUUUUUUGUUUUGGGGUGAUAGAUGAGACGUGGAGAACAUGGGAAUGACAAUACACCAAUAAAGUCAGGAAACUUCCACGACUGCUGUAAGCAACAGUGUUGGACAAUUGUUAUAUUGGACAUCGAUUUUUUUCUUGAAUUUUUAGAACUUUUCAGCACAUACGAAAAAGUGACAUGUACAUAGAAACACAGAGGUCGAUUUUUCACUAAACUUAGUUUUGUUUUUCUUCUGUUAAACGUAUUCUCACAAACAAUUUUACUUAGUUACUAAGUAUAGGCUUAGCGACUAAUAUGUUCACUACAUAUCUUUAGAUAUCUAAAACACAUUUACGAAUAAUAGUAGAGAAAAUUACUAACUAGGUAACUUUUUAAAAAAAACAAACUCGGUGUAUUUUUUGUCUUGUUUAGCUUCAAAAUUUGUCACACGAGGAAGAAAUUUUAAUCGAAAAAAUUGUGCUUCCAGUUGUUGCUUUUGUCAUAGAUAAUUCUAGAUUUCAGUAAUAAAGUAGUCUUUCUCACAUGA